AUGCGUGAAUACAAGCUAGUGGUCCUUGGUAGCGGAGGUGUGGGGAAGAGUGCAUUGACGGUCCAAUUUGUACAGAGUAUUUUUGUCGAAAAAUAUGACCCCACAAUCGAGGACAGCUACAGAAAACAGAUAGAAGUGGACGGACAGCAGUGCAUGCUUGAGAUUCUUGAUACCGCUGGCACAGAACAAUUCACUGCUAUGCGUGACCUCUACAUGAAGAACGGCCAGGGUUUUGUCCUGUGUUACUCCAUCACCUCACAGUCCACAUUCAACGACUUGGCGGAUCUGUACGAGCAGAUUCUGCGCGUAAAGGACACACACGAAGUCCCACUGGUGCUGGUGGGCAACAAAUGCGACCUUGAUAAUGAGCGCGUCGUCGGCAGGGAACAGGGCCAAACUCUGGCCAGAAGCUGGAACUGUGUGUUCAUGGAGACCAGUGCGAAGGCCAAGAUCAAUGUGAACGAGGUAAGCCCUUAUUCUGCGUUUUUGUCAUUCACUAACUCCUCGUUUUCCUACUGUCGCGUAUGGCCUCCUAGCAUUGUUCGUCUAAGUCUGCCCUCUUGUGCAUGA